GAAACGGCCCGCCGCGGGUGCAGCGCGGGCUGGGAGACUUUCGAGCGGGACGAGCGGAGUCCGGUCGCGGGCAUGCGGCAGUCCGAGCUCGGCGACUCUUGGGACACUCCAGGCGCAGAGAAUCAUGGCACUGCCCACGCUGCCUUCUUACUGGUGCAGUCGGAGGCUCCUGAAUCAGCAGGUCGUGCGCCAGCGCCAGCGCGAGCAGGAGGCCCAGCUUCGGCAGCAGUGGGAACUGAACCACCGUUAUUUCAAGAUGUCUGACGUCUGCAGCUCCAAACAGGCAGAAUGGAGUUCCAAGACCUCCUACCAGCGGAGUGUAAAGGAUAUUGUGGUGGGCUCCUUACCCAGCAUGCACGCCUACCAGCGGGAAAAGAUGAAGGAGGAGAAGAGGAAGAGUCUGGAGGCCCGACGUGACAAGCUCAGGCAGCUUAUCCUGGAGGAGCAGGACCUGCUGGCCAGGGAGCUGGAGGAGCUGAGGCUGAGCAUGAGCUUGCGGGAAAGAAGAAUCCGGGAGCAGCACAGGAAUCUAAAAUCAGCUCGAGAGGAGCAAAGGAAACUGAUUGCAGAGCAACUUCUGUAUGAACACUGGAAAAAGAACAACUCAAAACUAAGAGAGAUUGAGUCGGACCUUCACAAGAAGCAUGUGAUAAGCUCUUGGGAAACGCAGAAAGAAGAGAAGAAACAGCAAGAAGCUGCAGAAGAGGAGGAAAACAAGCGGCAUGAAAAUGAAUAUGAAACAGCCCGAAGGGAAGCGCUGGAGCGGAUGAAAGCGGAGGAGGAGAGGCGGCGGCGGGAGGAUAAGCUGCAGGCUGAGGUGCUGCGCCAGCAGAUGGAAGAGCUGAAGCUGAAGGAGAUGGAAGCCAGCAAACUGAAGAAGGAGCAAGAGAAUCUGUUAAGGCAGCAGUGUGAGCUGGAGAGGCUGGAGGAGGAGAGAAGGCAGACAGCGUCCUUCCUGCGCAAGGCAGAGCUCGGGCGCUUUUUGAAGCAUCAGUAUAAUGCACAACUUAACAGACGUGCCCAGCAGAUCCAAGAGGAACUGGAGGCAGACAGGCGGAUCCUGCAGGCACUACUGGAGAAGGAAGAUGAGGCCCAGCGCGCGCAACUGGCCAAGCGGGAGCAGGCCUUGGCUGAUGCGGCUUGGAUGAAGCAGGUCAUCGAGAAGCAGCUGCAGCUGGAGAGGGCAAGGGAGGAAGAGCUGCAGGUGCUGUUGAGGGAGGAAGCCAAGGAGAUGUGGGAGAAGAGAGAGGCAGAGUGGGCUCGCGAGCGGAUGGCGAGGGACAGACUGAUGAGCGAGGUUCUAACAGGAAGGCAACAACAAAUACGAGAGAAAAUUGAACAGAACCGGCGUGCACAGGAAGAGUCCCUAAAACACAGGGAGCAGCUCAUUCAGAGUCUAGAGGAGGCAAGGGAGUCGGCUCGGCGUGCUAAGGAGGAGAGUGAAGAACUAAAGUUGGCCAGGAAGCAGGAGCUGGAAGCCCAGGUUGCAGAGCGCCAGCUGCAGGCCUGGGAAGCAGACCAGCAGGCGAAGGAAGAAGAGGAGGCGGCCAGGCAGGCAGAGCAGCUCUCCGAUGCUUGGCUGCAGCAGGAGAUGAAGACCAUGACCCAGCAAGGCUACCGGCCCAAGCCUUAUGGACAUCCCAAAGUGGCGUGGAACUGAGCUCAUUGGUGCCAUCAGCACAGGGAAGGGCACCAAGUCUGUCAUGCGCAGCUGCCAGGCAGCUGUACAGUGCUUGGUUCAGGUCGGGCUUCAGAGCACUGUUGGGUAGUCCAGCCACACUUGCUCAGGUACAUGAGGCCUGGCCAGACAUUGUGGUGCUGGGGGUAUGCCCCACCGAGAUACUUCCUUGCUUUUCUCCUCCAAGACAGGUCUCAACAAGUUCACACAGCGCUGCCAAGUCUUAGGUUUAUAAUGUAAGAUCCUAGAAGGAUACUAAGAGCUACCUGCUGUUCUCCAUGGCAAGAUAGGUUUCUUCUAACCCGUAACUGUCAACCAUCAAUGAAGACUGAAGACAAAGUUUUCUCUUUUUAAAAUUUCCAUUUACAUUUAAUUAUUGCCUUGAAAACAGAGAUCUUGGUGCAGUGUAUGUUGAGGUUUAUUAACUUAGUGGUCCCAAAGGAAGAAAAGUAAUAUGAACUAAUGACCCCUCCCCAACAGUGUGGUGGGCAGUCCCUGGAUGCUUUGUUCAAAGGUGGCGAGAAGCAAGUCUGCCCUUCCUCAGGCAGUGUCUUGUCAGAAUUUCUGUAGAAGGACUGCAGGGUGGGCGGGAGCUCAGUAGCAGAGUGCUUGCCUAGCAGAUGCAAGGCUCAGUACCAUAAGAAAAAAUUUCCAGAGCAUCGUGCUCAAGGGUCCUCACCUGACCAACUAGGCAGGGGCAAGAUACUAGGGAGCUCUAGGGCCUACUGGGGGUUAUAUACGUAGAGGAUCUGUCCAAGACAGAACCACAGACAUCCCCAUCUCUCCUCUGUUCCAUCAGUGUGACACAGUUCUUAGUUUGUUGCUUCAAAUAGCUACAGCUCCUUGCAGCCAUUGUUUUUAUGAUCUGUAUUUUCCCAUACUCUUUCUCUGAGGUUUCAAUUUUCAUUAUGUUGUGCUCAAGUCUAGCUCAGUAAAUUACAGCUAAUUAUGGGCAUUUUCCUGUGGUUACUAGAAACCAGGGUUUAUUAAAAAGUCCUGUUUAAGGGCUGUAUUACCUUUUUCCUAUUGUGCUAUAAAAACAAAUUGUGUUGCAAACUGUGUCAUGACUCAUUCUUUCCUUUUCCUGUCUUGAAGUUCUUGUGCUGGGACCCCUGAGCACCACUCUUCUCAUGUCAUGUAUAUUUCUGCAUUUUGGAUGUUCAUUAAUUGUGCAAUAAAGUUCUGAUCUGGUGGUAUCAC